GUGUGAUGUGUUGAUAAGGCCGAGCAGCUCACAUGCAGUGACAGCCGUGCAGUUUACAGAGGACAGAAAGGUAGUCGAGCUUCAGAUGAUUCGCCAGCUGAUCUGAGACAGCAUGCCAGCCUGUGGUGACCAGGUUCAGAGCUCAGAGGAACAGGUUUGGGAACCGAGGAGCUGUUUUGGAGCUGUGGAUCAGCGAACUCUGGGGAAUAAUUAGCCUGCAGUGCUGGUCAAGCCUGGCAUGGGAUUCCAGGGAAAGGCAGCAGAGUGAAGAGAAGGCAGUAAAGCUGGUUUUCUAUUGUGCAUAUUGGAUGAGGAUGGAUAAAGAAGAGUUUGGCCUGUGAUUUUUACACGUUUCAAAGACUUUUAGCUGCAACUCAACGAUUUCCUUUUCAGCUUUCAUGAAUUCAAGCUUUCUGACUGUACGAUGGAGAAGUACGAGAAGCUGGCUAAGAUUGGAGAAGGCUCCUACGGCGUGGUGUUCAAAUGCCGCAACAGAGACACAGGCCAGGUAGUGGCCAUCAAGAAGUUUGUGGAGUCUGAAGAUGACCCGGUCAUCAAGAAGAUAGCACUGAGGGAGAUCAGGAUGCUGAAGCAGUUGAAGCACGUAAACCUGGUGAACCUUCUGGAGGUCUUCAGGAGGAAGAGAAGACUGCACCUGGUCUUCGAGUUCUGCGAACAAACCGUCCUAAAUGAACUGGACAAGCACCCCAGAGGGGUUCCUGAGGCUCAGCUGAAGAGUAUCAUCUGGCAAACUCUUCAAGCCGUCAACUUCUGCCACAAAAACAACUGUAUCCAUCGGGACGUGAAGCCAGAAAACAUCCUCCUGACCAAGACGGGCGUCAUUAAGCUGUGUGACUUUGGCUUUGCACGCAUCCUCACUGGUCCAGGUGAUGACUACACAGACUACGUGGCCACACGGUGGUACCGUGCCCCGGAGCUGCUGGUGGGGGACACGCAGUACGGCCCCCCAGUGGAUGUGUGGGCCCUGGGCUGCGUGUUCGCUGAGCUCCUGCAUGGAAACCCUCUCUGGCCUGGGAGGUCCGACGUGGAUCAGCUCUACCUCAUUCGCCGAACACUAGGUGACCUGAUCCCUCGUCACCAGCAGGUUUUCCGCUCCAAUGUCUUCUUCAGUGGAGUCAGCAUCCCUGAACCAGACACCAUGGAACCACUGGAGAAGAGGUUCCAUGGUGCAUCUCCUCAAGCCAUUAGUGUGAUGAAGUCGUGUCUGGUGAUGGACCCUGCUGGAAGGCUGUCGUGUGAGGAGUUAUUAGAGCUGCCGUACUUUCAGGAAGAGGGCGGAGCCGGGUGGGGCAGAGACGUGGAUCGGCCCGGGAGACGCCAUGAGAAAGGAACCAGACGCAGAAUGCCUGGGAUGCAGUAUUUACCUCAGCUCCCCAGCAGCAACAUCUCCCCAGCACCUGAGCAGAAGAACAAACACAAGCCCAAAUAUGACCACCAUCUGCCCAACAUCUGAGAGAGGAGCGUGUUCUGGACAAGGAGCAAACAGACCUCUGGAGACAUGAACAGUUAACUUUUUCAUAUAUAGCCG